AUGGCGGCUUUCCGUGCAAGUUUGCAUGCUCCUUCCUCCUUGGUUUGCUGUGCUGCAGAGUCCGAUAAUUCAUCAGAAGACGAACUACCUUUUGACGAAAAUAUUCCACUAGCUGGCUAUAAAGAUGAGGACGAGGAAGCGAUCGGUGAUGUUGAGUCAGUGUCAUCGCAAACGAGUCGUCCAAACUCGGGUUCAAAGAAAAAGGCGGGAAGAAGACCGACUUGGAGAGAAGACGACGUAACUGACCUGGUAGAUAUUGUGUGCAAUAGUGAGUAUUUUAAAAGAAAGAUUAUAUUUACGAACUCAAAGAACACGAAAAACAAUGAGAUUUAUGGCAAGUUGUUGAAAGAUUUGAAAGAACGGGCUCUUGCACGAGGUGACGAAUUUUCAUUUACUGUGAAUCAAGUGAGGAACAAAUUAAAGAAGCUGAUCAGUGAAUGUAAAAAGGCGGCCCUCACUAUUAAAACCGCUACAGGUAUUGAUCGCUUUCAAGAGGAAAAAAAUUAUGGUCCAUGGUUUGCAGUGCUAUUUGCAUUGGUGAAAACGCGUGAUUCUUGUCAGCCAGAUCGCGCGAUUGAGCCAACGGCUAGCGGUAGCAGUGAUGUUUUGAGCAACGGAAGUGAUCAUUCAUCAGCAUCAUCAAGCCCUGUACCUGUUGAUGACAGCGAGGAAAGUGCUGGUGAGAAAAAGCUUUUUGUUCCAAUAAAGAAUAGAGGGAAAAAAAGAAAAGAUUUUGCUUCAAGUGCUGUUGAAUGUAUGGAGAAGUUGUUAGAGAAAGACCCAACCAAAGACCUUCUGGAGUUUUACCGCGAAGAGAACGAAAAGGCUAGAAAGCACGAGAUGCAACUCAUGCAAAUGAUUAUGUCAACACAGGUGCAAGAUUCUGGGCAUUUCCCGCCUCAAGGAAACUCCCUGCAGUAUGGGUAUAGUUACCCGUCACAACAUUCCUAUCAAUAUAUGGAAAGCGGGAAUAUGGCACCAAAUUAUAUAAACCUUUGA